CCGGUCUCGUUAACAAGCUUUAUAAGAGUGUCCGGAAAUCUUCGUGACCGCUGCCAGCAAAAUGGACUUUGGAGAAAAUGUGUUCUUGUUACUGGUUCUGGUCUGCUUCGCCAAUAUAGCUGAAGUGGCAUCCCAGUUUGAUCUGGGUAAUUUUGAUCUGGGUAAUAUUGAUCUGGGUGACAUUGGGGGUGAGAUUGGCGAUAUCCUUGGCGAGACUGACGGGAUUUUCGACGUGGGAGCGGUUGACCAGAUUCUUACAUCUGCCCCUGGGGACGGGGGAAGCAUGUCGUCCGAGCUGACCUGCUUUACAUGUGCAACCCAGGACACUGAAGAGCAUCAUUCGAACUGUUUAGCCCCAACUCCGGACACCGUGUCUGUGGUAACAUGCAGUGGGGAGCUGGCUGGACACACCCCUCACUGUGGCGCUCUAAAGGCCACGGUCUCAAAUGCAAUUGCCGGUAACCAAGAAGAGAUGUCUGUGAUCGAAUGGUACUACCGUGGCUGUGUACCAAUACCUAACCAUAGGGAGUACGGUGACAAAUGCUUCGUAAACACAGACCUGGACACCAAAAUCAGCGAGCUGAUGGGCACAACUGUCAAACAGCUCUUGGGUACCGCUGAAGAUGCCACCGUUGAAAGUGAAGGUUGUUUCUGUAUGCAGAAUCUCUGUAAUGGGGCUCCCUCAUCGUUCAAGUUUACAUCUCUGAUCGCUCUGCCUCUUUCACUGGCUGUGAAUGCUCUCCUUACUUAGACCGCACCGACAACAACCAAUCUAUUACCCUACCUUAAAGACAGUGGACACAUUGGUAAUUGUCAAAG